GUGGGCAGAACACCUGUGAGGGUGCCGCCCCUUGGGCUUCUCUGCCCGAGGCAGCUGCCUUAGCACGCCUCAUGAGCAGGCCGGCCCUGCCUUCUCUUCCCUAUCCUCCAUCCAGACAAGGCCGAGUUCAAGGACACAUUCCAGGCAGGCAAAAUCACUUGAGGAGGAUGUGAAGCAAGGCAUGUGAAAGGUGUGGCCAGGAGAAAGAAGAUGUGGCUGUGGGGUAUCUAUAUUGCCUAGGGCAGGCAUGUACAAAGUCGGUUUCGGGGGCGUAAUCCGGCACCUGUGGCAGUUUAUUUCCUGGAGUAAAACCCUUACCUUUCCUGCCCCGACCUGGCCACAGUGAUCCAUGCGACGGUCACCUCCAGGCUUGACUACUAUAAUUUGCCCUACGCAGGGCUGCCCUUGAAGCUGUCCCAGAAACUCCAGCGGGUGCAGAAUACUGCAGCGAGACUCCUCACUGGGUCUCUGCCAUGGGAGCAUAUUCACCCAGUGCUUUUCCAGCUGCACUGGCUCCCAGUGGAGUACAGGGUCAGAUUUAAGGUGCUGGUUUUGACCUUUAAAGCCCUUCAUGGCCUAGGAGCCUCGUACCUACGGGACCGCCUCUCCCGGUAUGCCCCACGGAGAGCCUCAAGGUCCAUAAAUAGCAACACCCUAGUGGUCCCGGGCCCUAAGGAAGUUAGAUUGGCUUCAACCAGAGCCAGGGCCUUUUCAACUCUGGCUCUGGCCUGGUGGAACGCUGUGCCUCAUGAGACCAGGGCCCUGCAGGAUCUGAUUUCUUUCCGCAGGGCCUGUAAGACAGAGUUGUUCCGCCUGGCCUUUGGCUUGGAGCCAAUUUGAUUCCCUCCCCCUCUUUCUUUUUUCUGCAUUUUAAUAUUUUAAUGUUUCAAUAUUUUAAUGUUGCAUUUUAAUCUUGUUUUUAAGUUGUAUUCAUUCAACUUGUUUUUAUUAUUGCUUGUUAGCUGCCCUGAGCCCGGCCUUGGCUGGGGAGGGCGGGGUAUAAAUAAAGAUUAUUAUUAUUAUUGUAAUAAAAAAAGCAACUUUGGUUGGCCCUUUGGUCGGCCCUCACAUAUGUUCACUUCAUCAAAUCUGGCCCUCUUUGGAAAAAGUUUGGACACCUCUGGCCUAGGGAGAGUUCCUGGAGCCAGGAAGAGAGGCCUGAAGAUUCACAUUUGGUCACCAGGCCUGAGCUUCCUCACCCCAAAGGUCUUUAAUUUUGCCUACUAUCUCUGGUGGCUAUGCUCUGGCUCCACAGCUGGAGGCAGCCAUGCUUCUGAAAUUCAGUCACUGGAAACCACAGGAGGGGCCAGUGCUCUUGUGCUUGCGGGUUUUCCACAAGCAUCUGGUUGACCACUGCCAGUGCUUUUUUUUCUGGGGGGAUGCAGGGGUACGCAUACCCCUAAACAUUUUGUGAAUCUUAGUACUUUUGUCCAUUUACUGUAUUUAUUUUCCCCGAUUUGAACUAUAAAAUGGUGAUUUUCUUGAGUCAAAGUUACAAGUAAGUAGCUGUGUUGGUCUGCCGUAGUCAAAACAAAAUUAAAAAAAUUCCUUCCAGUAGCACCUUAGAGACCAACUAAGUUUGUUAUUAGUAUGAGAUUUCGUGUGCAUGCAUGUAUCUGAAGAAGUGUGCAUGCACACGAAAGCUCAUACCAAUAACAAACUUAGUUGGUCUCUGAGGUGCUACUGGAAGGAAUUUUUUAAUUUUGUUUCUUGAGUCAAAAUAAGAGUACUUCUAAAAAUUUUUUUUUAAGAAAAAAACACUGGCCAUUGCAAUUGGCCUGAUCCAGCAGGCUUUUGUUAUGCCAACUUUGCAUCCUUAUUAUAUAUAUAUAUAUAUAUAUAUAUAUAUAUAUAUAUAUUCCCUUCGUCUCUUUCCAUGGUUAGUGUUGCAUAUCAUAAAUCCCUGCAUAAACCAUUCCAUUAUUACGUCCAUAGAAAACUUAUUUACACUGUUGAAUUUAUCUUAAUGCUGCCAACAUUUGCAAGUGUACACAAUUCUCCCCAUAAUUGGUUCGUUCUGGACCUUUGUUAUAGCUCCUGCACAAGGUAAACAAACACAGGAACAACAGAGAGUCUUGCAGCAUUUCAACUGCUUUCAUUGCAGUGUGGAGCCAUCAAUUGCAAGUAGCGUUAAAUUAGGUAGGCAGCUCUGAGUAUGCAAAGCUUUUUGUCUAGACUGAUGUUUCAACUGUCUUCUUGACAAAAGAAUUGGAGCCUCUGACACAAGAAAAUUCAUGGCAUGCAAUGAGAAAUUAAUGCGAUGAGUAUAUGUUAUGCACCUACCAAUGGACAGUCAGUGUUAUGACUGGUAGGCAUACAGGACUCCUUCAUCCUCUUCGGCCACCAUUUGUGAUGACAGUGGCCAGAACUUUCAGUGUACUGCAGGUGUCCACGGGUGAUGACAAACAGACAACGGAAGUCCCAAACUCAAUUCUAUCAAUAAUUCUAUACAUUCUAUAAACAAAAUUUGUUCUGCAUUGGCUUGUGACACCCUAGACCAGUGUUUCCCAAACUUGGGUCUCCAGAUGUUUUGGACUAGUGAUGAGAGAUCAUGGGAAUUGUAGUCCAAAACAGCUGGAGGCCCAAGUUUGGAAAACACUGCUCUACACUAUGGAUGGAGAAUCCAUUGCCCUCCAUGUGCUGUUCAACCAACCCCAGCUCCCAUCAGCCAUAGCUAGCAUGGCCAAUGGUCAGGGACGAUAGGAGUUGUAGUCCAACCACAUCUGGAAGACCAUCCUUGUCCUAGAAAUAUGAUGCUGCCUCAUACUCAGACCAUUGGUCAGUUAAGUCCAGAAUCGUCCGCUCUGAUUGGCCAGCGUCCUAAACAAAGGCAUUUUCUAUGACCUGUUUCUUGAUCUUUUUAACUGGAGAUGCAGGGAAACGAACCCAGGACCUUCUGCAUUCAAAGCAUGUGUUCUCAAAGUGAAGUCCUUACUUGCCCUGGUCAGUGAGAGGAGAUUCUGGUUACCACCCUCUUACCCACUGGGGCAAUUAAGCACAUCACUUUCAUUGCUAGGCUAUGGCCAUGUUAUCUGUGGGGAAACAGGCCCCAUACUUCUCCUUUGUAUAAGAGUGGCCCUUUGUCAUUUUUGAGCUACAUAGGUCCUUGCACUCCUCAGGCUGUUAUUUCCAUCACUACAUCAUAUAACUGAUUAUGGACUAAAAAUGUGGCAUUUCUUAAGAGAAACUGGCAUUUCUCCAUCCUUUACCAAGGCAUGCUUUCCUGCCUACAUUGUUUUAUAAAAUAAUGCUUAGGCUUGAUGUGGUUGGACCAACAAAGGCAGUCUGAAAUCAAACAGUUCUCCAUGAAUGCUAAAGGGAUGGAUUUUAUGGGUUUAGUCAUUGCACCACUUGACAGCCCAUGUCGCACUAACAGGUUGUUGCACUUCUGUGGGCCUACAUAAGCAUCAAUGGGUGUGUGUUGUCUCCAUUCUCUGCGAACUGAGCUGACUCAUUCCAGGUAUCUAGGCAACUUUCCACAACAUAAAAUUAUUAUCCAGCUGGAAGAGAGACUUUAGGAGGUGCUGAUUGAUUACCCAGAAGUCUGUCUAGCCUACGUUAGACAUUAAGCCAAAAUCAAUGGUUAUGAAAGUCUUGCCAUAAGGCAGUGUUGCCAGUGCCAGCAUUGUUUAUGAAUGAACAUUUUCUGGAAAGAUAUUCUCUUCAGAGUACUAAAAUCCUAGGGCUCCUUAUUCAUUCAAAAUAAAUACACACAUGCUUUGUGUGUAUGUAGAGCCAGUGUGGUGUAGUGGUUAAGAGCGGUAGUUUCGUAAUCUGGGGAACUGGGUUCGUGUCUCCGCUCCUCCACAUGCAGCUGCUGGGUGACCUUGGGCCAGUCACACUUCUCUGAAGUCUCUCAGCCCCACUCACCUCACAGAGUGUUUGUUGUGGGGGAGGAAGGGAAAGGAGAAUGUUAGCCGCUUUGAGACUCCUUAAAGGGAGUGAAAGGCGGGAUAUCAAAUCCAAUCUCUUCUUCUUCCUCUUCUUUGGAUGAAAGAAAGAGUUAGAAAGUUUUAAAAAUAGAAUCUUUGUAGAUGCUUAGGAAAACAAACACCUUUCUAACUUUGUGAUAGCUGUUUCACUAUCUUUACUGGAAACGUGUCAUUCAACAGUGACAGAGUUACCCCAAAAGGAUGGGCAUCAUCCUGCACUUAUCGUACCUUUGGAGAAGCAAAGCUGCAUAAGCUGCAUAUGCAUUCCUGCACAGUAGGGGCCUAGUUGAGGCAGUUUCAUAUAACAACCGCCCCAGUCAAUAAUUGGGUGCAUCCAAUACCCCCAUCCUCACCCAACGCCUAUAUGAACCGUAGGGCCUUCAGCAACCCAAGUUUCAUGUCCAACCCAAUGUUGUACUAGGACCAGGGAGAUUGAGUUUCAAAUCCCCACUCAGCCAUGCAGGAGAAAGAACUUAUCCAUGUGAAGACCACCUGGUGGAAACCCUUAGACAUAUGGUUCUCAACUGUAAACUAUAUGCUGAUCUCUGUCAGCAAUUUCUAGAUCAAUUCUGUAUCCCCAAAUGGAAACCAGAGUCAGAGGUCAUACAUUUUCUAUUAUUGGGGAAUGAUAGGAGCUCAGCAAGUUAGUGGCUAAAUAUCUCUAUUUGGUUUUUUGUCGUCAAAAUACACUGCAGAUGUCUGAUCUCCCUGGAGACCAAGAGAUGUGACGAUAGACUGCUCUGCCUCCUUUCUUUUAGCACUGGGGAAGUGGUAAUUCUGUAUUGAUUUGUUUUGGAUGUUUGUAUGUGAUGCCAAUAAAAGGUUUGAUGAUGAUGAAGCUCACUGGGUGACCUUGGGCCAGUCGCUGCCUCUAACUUUCCUACAAGUUGUUGUAAUUAUAAAUGGGAAAAGGGAAGAACCAUGAUUUGUUUCUUGAGCUCUUUGGAGGAAAGCUGGGAUAUCAAUGUAUGCAUAAUAGUAAUAAUAAUUUCAUUUGCCCAUCACUUUUUACCAAAAGAGCAACUCCCAACAAUAAAACACACAAGAGUACAAAACAAAUAAGUCAAUUAAACACAAUAAUGCACACUGCAAGUGGACAUACAGACUUACCAUUUACAGAAAAGCAUAAUCUUCCCCACCACCACACUACAAGAAGCAAACAAUUAUAACCAGAAGCUUGCCAGUCUGAACAGUUGGGCUGGGUCCAUGCAAGUGGAGACACGGUCAGGUCCUGCUUCUGAAUGAAUGUGGAUCUGCACAUUUGAUUAAAGUGGUAGAUAACAGGGCUUGUCUGAAUUGCAAACCAAAUUAGGUUGAUUCAUACUGAUUUGUGCUGAAUCUGGAUUGGGUCGAAGCGGCUCCAAGUGGGUUUGGCGGACCCAAAAUGAUUUGUGGAAAAUUUGUGCCAGUCUAUUUCUCCAAGAGAAAGACUAUUUCUCCAGUCUAUUUCUUAAUCACAACAUCAUUUAUGGAGAACACAAGGGUGGCAGGAGGAGUGGAGCUAGACUUACAUAACUCACUGAGAGCUCUGCCUUCCAAUGCCAGACUAGAAUCUUAUUCAGUGGUCUCCCAAAAUGUUUUGGGGGAGCAAAGGUGAAGUCAUCUAUUAUUAUUAUUAUUAUUAUUAUUAUUAUUAUUAUUAUUAUUAUUAUACCCCACCCAUAUGGCUGGGUUUACACAGCCACUCUGGGCGGCUUCUAGCAAAAUAUUAAAAAUACAAUAAAAAUGCAUCAAGCACCACACUGCCUUCACUCUUUUGUACGUUUGGUGGCAUAUGUUCAGCUUGUGUUUUGUUUCCUUCACACUACCCUAUCCAGCCUUCCACCUGUUUAUUUUCCAUCCUUUCCUGAUCAGUCCCAAUCCCAAUAAAAUAAAAUAGUUUGUUGCCUUAGUCUUAGUCUUAAUUAUUUAGGCACUGUCACUUUCCUUAGUAAAGGUAAAGGUAAAGGGACCCCUGACCAUUAGGUCCAGUCGCGGACGACUCUGGGGUUGUGGCGCUCAUCUUGCUUUAUUGGCCGAGGGAGUCGGCAUACAGCUUCCGAGUCAUGUGGCCAGCAUGACUAAGCCGCUUCUGGCGAACCAGAGCAGCACACGGAAAUGCUGUUUACCUUCCCGCUGGAGUGGUACCUAUUUAUCUACUUGCACUUUGACAUGCUUUCAAACUGCUAGGUUGGCAGGAGCUGGGACGGAGCAACGGGAGCUCACCCCAUUGCAGGGAUUCGAACCACGACCUUCUGAUCGGCAAGUCCUAGGCUCUGUGGUUUAACCCACAGUGCCACCCGCAUCCCUGUCACUUUCCUUACACCCCUUCAAUUCUGUCCCUAGGAUUUUAGGUUAGGCUUGUAUUCUAUUUAGAGCUGUGCUCUGUUUUCUGCGCCUGUCUUUAUCAGUAAAUACUUUGUUGUGUGCAUUAGUAAGUCUUGUCAGUACAUUGUACACAGUCCAGUACUUUUAUACAGUGCUCGCAAUAGCUGCUUAUGGAAGUGAUUCACUCCCCCAACCUCCCCUCUACUCUCCCUUAUUAUGCUGAAUGAAUUCCCCUAGUCUCCUGCAGACUGAUGUCGAAGGCAUGCUAGGCAGCAAUUUCUUGCCAGGAGGAGAUAAGUAUUCCUUAUUUCUGGAUUGUCAGUGCUGGUUUUGUAGUGGAAAGGAGGCCCUCUGCCACUGAUUCACAACAAUUUUGGGGUACAUUUGGAAUGGGGAUGUAUGCAAAGUCUCCAGUUCUGGGCCAAUCUCUGGGCCAUCAGAGAUGGAUGAAGUUUUUUUUGCAGCCUAAAGAACGCAUGGUGUAAGAUGACAGCUGUGCUACUUUUUGAAAUGUGGCUUCGUGCAUUGCAUUUUUAUCAAGUUAAUUUGAUUCGCAAAUGCCAGAUUAGGAGCACAGUUUCACAAUAGACGUGCUAUCCUUAAAAUGAGUCUUUUGGCCAUUGCAAUUGUUGAAUUUGGAAUGUGGCUUUAAAAAACAACAACACAGAAAACUUGAAAGAGAAUCUACUUAUCUUUCCAAACCCCCUAGGUAAAGAGGAAACAUGGAUAUAAAGUAUAUGAUGGUGGUGAUGGUGGGAAGUAACAGAAACCAGAAUAUAUUUAAUGGUUUCAGAUGAAGAACAGCAAUGUGCCAUCAUAAGGGAAGCAAAAGCAAGGCCAGGUUUCUUUCAGGUGCAGCAAUACAAACUAAGGUAGUCAACCUCACAUUUUCGUUACAGACAUUUCCCCAUAGUUUUAGUUUGAGGCUCUAUUUUAUAUUGAUUGAAGUUAUGAAUGGAAUUGUUGCCUCUCUGGGCUCAGCCUAAAAUUGUGGAAAGAGCGUAUAUCAAAGAUUUGAUUCAUUUCACAUUUAGAGGUAAAGGUACCCCUGCCGGUACGGGCCAGUCUUGACAGACUCUAGGGUUGUGCGCUCAUCUCACUCUAGAGGCCGGGAGCCAGCGCUGUCCGAAGACACUUCCGGGUCACGUGGCCAAUGUGACGAAGCUGCUCUGGCGAGCCAGCGCAGCACACGGAAACGCUGUUUACCUUCCCGCUAGUAAGCGGUCCCUAUUUAUCUACUUGCACCCGGGGGUGCUUUCGAACUGCUAGGUUGGCAGGCGCUGGGACAGAGCAACGGGAGCGCACCCCGCCAUGGGGAUUCGAACCGCCGACCAUGCGAUCGGCAAGUCCUAGUCACUGAGGUUUUACCCACAGCGCCACCUGCGUCCCUUUAUUUCACAUUUAUACUCACCUAAUUCACUUUCCCAAUCAUAGACUUCCUUUGAUUUUUUUUUUUUUUUUAAAUCAUAUUUAUUAAAGUUUCCAAAAAUAUAGAAAUACAAAGAGAAAAGAAAAAGAAAAAAAGAUAUUUAAAAACCUUACUUUCAUUGCCUACUUUCUGGGACUCCCCCCCUCCCCCCCCUGACUGUAUUCCCCUUUCCUUAAUUUGGUUCUACAAGCUCUCACUCCCAAUUUGAAGCUUAAUUUGUUUAACCCACUAUCCAAAUUGAAUUGUACAAAUCUUACCACCGUCCCACAUCAUUAACAAGAAAAGAAAAAAGAUUUUCCCCAAGAUCCACCCCAGUUCCUUCCACGAAUUCCCUUUUUUUAAACACGUCCGAUCAAAAUAAAAUGACAUGCGUAAGUUAUAUAAAGAAAUAGAAAAUAAGAGAUAUAGAAAAAUUCAAAAGAUGGUUACACAGCCUUUGGAUUUCAAAUCUCCCCCCCCCCUUCCCCGGUUUGAAUUCCCCAUGUCCAUCAGUCUAUACAUUAUCAGCUUGGAAGUCUCAUUUCAUGACCAGAUUUCUCCCCGAUUCCAUCUUGCCGGUUUUCUUUUAAUUUAUUAAUUUUAAUAAUAUUUAGCUUCAAGUGUCCAAUCUAACAAAGGCCUUUAAUUUCCUUGAUCUUUACCACUCCUCCCGUUGUUCUUUCCGUGUCGUAAUCAGUCCUUUGUUCUUCUUAUUCCUCACUUUCUCAGGUUUCUUGUCCUGUUCAGCUGCUAAAACUUUCUAAUUCAGAAAUCUGGUAUCUCUGCAGAGGUUUGUUAUUCAGGAACAAAAACUUACGUCCAGUCCCUUCCUUUCUUCAAUAGAAAAUUCUAUUGUCUCCUUUAAUGUAAAUACCUCUGUAGACAAAAUACUAUUUCAGUUUUGCAGCUUUCCCAGAAGAUAACAAGUCCUGUGCGAAUCCCAGAGUAUUUUUCCACUUACGACCGUUCUUGUAAUAUCCCGAAACCCCUCUAGGGGGAUUGUAAUAACUUUGUAUCCUCUAAUCCAAAAGUCAAAUUGUUACUUAUUUUCCAACAAUUUAUAUCCAUAUUAUAGCAAAUUGUAACAAAAUUAACCAGCAAAGUCCUCUUAACAAAGUCCUCUUUAUAUUCUCCAGCUUUGACAGCCACUUUGACAGCUGUCAAAGUCUCCGUCUCUCUUCACCAGGCUCCACGAAUCGCCCCGGUUUCCAGGGGGGGGGGGUUGCAUUUUUCUUCACACCCUCCACUCUUCUCCUCCAGCACAGUUCUUAUAAUUUCCCAUCAUGAAAUUAAUGAUUUUUAUCAGAAGUAUACUUCCCUUUGGACCUUGGUUACCCAGUCCUUGUUUUGGAAUGCUUACAAUAGGGGGGGGGAUUGACUUCCUUUUUAAAUCGCCCCCGCUCGUGUCAAAUCCGAAAUUUUGAAGCCGGUUUCCCAAUUACUCACGGGUUGUUGUUAAUAGUCCAAAUUUUCAAUGGAAGAAGUCAGCGCUCUCCGUCGAAUGGCAUGCGGCUGCGCUCGGCAGGGAAAGCAGAAGACUCAAAGCACCACGCCGCUCCCGGCACCCGAUCCGAAGCCUUUAAAAGGCUCCUUCACGAGUCGGGAGGGCGCUAAUGGUGCAAGCCGAGUCACCCAUGUCCACGGGCUCCGUGCCCGUGGUUUUUAAGGGUCCCCGCGUCGCCGGCGCGGUAGGACCCAGCCCCUGCCGAGCAGACUCCCUCCGGAGCUCGGAGGGAGUCCGCCAUUCGGCGAUGGCGCCAACCCGGAAGUCCAUAGACUUCCUUUGAAAUUCGCACUGCUCUGAAAUUAGCAAUGCAGGUCUGCAACCAAGUAAUUCCUACAAAAAUGUGUGCACAGAAAUGCACAUGUUAGUGAAAAUAACAUACAAAAUGCCCCAUAUUAAGGGAACUUGCUUUCAAAAAAUGUCUAUAUUAGACAAAAUUGCAUACAAGAAUAGGGAAGAUGCAUAUACUAGGGAAAAGUGGGCAUAAAUGUGUAUAUGUUAGUGAAAAAUAGCGUACAAAGAUGCAUUAUUUAAGAGGAAAUGCUUUGCAAAAAAUGUGUAUAUUAGAACAGCAUAUAAAGAUGGGUUUAUUAGGAGAGAUUCAUACUAAAUUUCUCUGCUGAAUUUUCAUGAGGACUUUUUUCUUUUAAAAAACCAUAAACUGAUGAGGAAAUGUGGAGAAUUGAGUAUAAAGUGGGGAAAACAACAAGCUGUCAAACUAGCACAUGUUGCAGAGAGUUAGUUACUGUUGUAAAGAGGUUGUUUUGUACUCCUGAUAUUUUCCCAUGGGAAUCUGGAAUUUAUAUUUUUCAAGCCAAUUUGGCUGUCCAAAAUUAUGGAUGGAUGGAUAGGUCCUCUGAGCUCCUCUGGCUAAUUUCUCUCUGUGGUAUGGUCAGUGCUUGGAAAGUUCAUUUUUUCAAAGGGAUUAAUUCAAGUUCGCACAUUCCGAAAAUGAAUUACAGUAGUUCCCGUUCAUGCUCCACUCUUCAAAAAGGAACUCAUUCCAUUCCAGUUGAAUUCAAAAUUCAUCCCUCUGGCCCUCUGCAUUCUUCCCCAGCCUUCAAAAUCUCACCAGCUGCUCUCCUAAAGUAUAAAAUAUCCUUAAGGCUAAGAAAAUUUCAAAAACCAUGCAAGAGUGUAAAAUGAACAAUUGUUCAACAAUUAUGCUCAUUAAGCCUAAACACCAGCAUCACUUUUCAGAUUGGUAAAGAUGAUGAAGAAGAAGAGUUUGGAUUUGAUACCCCGCCUUUCACUCCCUUUAAGGAGUCUCAAAGCGGCUAACAUUCUCCUUUCCCUUCUUCCCCCACAACAAACACUCUGUGAGGUGAGUGGGGCUGAGAGACUUCAAAGAAGUGUGACUAGCCCAAGGUCACCCAGCAGCUGCAUGUGGAGGAGCGGAGACGCGAACCCGGUUCCCCAGAUUACGAGACUACCGCUCUUAACCACUACACCACACUGGCUCUGAUGGUAAAUUGAAUGGUCUGUUUGGAUGGACUGCAGCUCCCAUCUUAAAAAUGGGAUGAAGGGCAGUAUAUAAAUCAAAUACAUAUAUACAUAUAUGCAGGCAUACAUACGUAUCUCACAAACAACCCUCUGACAUUUCAGCAAUAAAGUAAGUGCAGCAAAAGCCCUGCAAAAGCCCAUCCAUGAGAAUUAGCCCAAAGCUUUCUCUUCCCUUUGAUAAUUUCUACAUGCAGUUUCUGUUCCCAUUAACUGAUGGUGGGUAGCUAAAAAAACUGAAGGAGAAAUUUCCAGCUAUCUAUCUACUGGACAUUGAUACCCAUCCAAACACCCUCAACCAAAAGGCCUCCUAGUUUUUCUGUGCAGCUGCUGAAGCUACAGCUUCCUGUCAAAUUGACUGUGAAAAACUAAUUACUGAGCUUCUUAUUUUCUUCUGCGCCACAGCCCUUCAUUAAGAAACAAAGGGAUCUAGAUGUUUGGCUCAUGCAUCAGGGCGAUGGAGAUGCAAGAUACAGGUGUGUGGGGAUAAGUGGGAAGUUUCGGUCUUAUUAAGACCUGCGGAAACAAAGCUGCUGGGUCAUGUUGCUUCCUUUAAAAUGCAGAGGAAUGGAGUCACAUAGAGGAGAACAGAAUGUAUCACUGAAGGGAACCAGCUCCAGAAGAUUGCAGAUUGUCUCAUUGCUUUGCAGUAGUGAAACUGCCUUGUUAAUUUUUAUUUAUUUAUUUUAAUGCAUGUGUUAAUAUGCUGCCGUUCAAAAUAUGCCGUCUUCCCAUGGUGGCCUGCAACGCAUAAAAACCAUCUGAAGCCUAUUUGAGGUGGCAUCAACAGAAGUGUCCAAAUCAAGGAAAGUAAUAGCUAGUUUUGGCUAGUUCUGGGCAGCACCAUUUAAGAAAGAUAUUGACAAGCUGGAAUAAGUUCAGACAGGGGCGACGAAGAUGAUCAAAGGUUUGGAAACUAAGCCUUAUGAGGAACGUAUGGUUAGCCUGGAGACUGUGAGAGGAUAUGAUAGCCAUCUUCAAAUAUCAAUCAAUCAAUCAAUCAAUCAAUCAAUCAAUUUGGGAUUUCCUUUGGGGGUUCCCCGGCUGGCACUUCCCACCACACCUCAUGGUCCAGUAAGUCCCCAACACUGGGAGAAUAAGGUUCAAAUCCCCACUCAGGCAUGAAGCUCACUGGGUUCUUGUGAGGAUAAAAUGGGGAGGAGGAAAACAAAGUAUGCCACAUUGAGAUACAAAUACAAAUAAAUAAAAAUAUAAGAUAGUGUAUGACAAAAAGCAGAUUAGCAUUCUACGUUGUAUUUCAUGAUAGCAAGGUAAUAGUUGAGGAUGUAAACAUAUUUUUUUUUAAGUGUGGCAGCAUAUGAUUAACACAUAUUCCUAAUUUAGUCAAAAUCAAAAUUAGAAAAGAAAGCUCCUCACCAAGGAGGAGCUUGUUACCGUACCAAGUUACCGUACAAGGUCAGGUGUUGAUACUUCACACACUAUUAAGUUGUCAGCACUUCUCCCUACUGUGUACCAUAAAUUGUAAUCAUGCAAAGGUUUUCAAUAGCAGUGCAUUUUCCCACAUGCUGACAUUUGAAUUUUUGAAUUAGCACAACCAUCUUCUUAUCCUCUGGUGGUGGUGGUGGUGGGGGACUCUUAAGAUAAGCAGCAUGUCAUUCACACAUCUCCGACAGCUUCUGAAGGCGGGAAGAUCGCAGCAUGGCAGGAGCCCUUUGUUGCAAUCUGCAGGCAAAUGCAAAACUUUAGAGGGGAAUUUAAUGACUUCAGCAGUAAUAAAGUUCCUUUGCGGUGCACAACCGUCACGUUUAAUAACGCACCUAAUCGGAAAACAUCUCCAUUUCUCCAGUCAACUGAGAAGAAUAAUGUUGAAGGUGUCUUUCAUCACUGCACACAUUUAUGAGGUGAGGUUGAAGCAGAUAAACAAGAAAGAGAACAAAGCAGAAGAAUAUCUAAGGCUGGAUUUGGUUUUGUUUUUCAUUAAUUUCAGGCUCACAGGAUGAUGCGUUCAUCCUAAACUAAUGCCCGAUAUCUGAAUCUCAGGUUCCUCUCCUGAUGAGCAGGAUUACAAUUUUUGCAAUAUGCUGGCGAGGGAGGCUUUCCAGUUUUGAGAUGCUCAGUCAUAAUCCCAACCUGGAUUUGACUCACUUGCUUCUCAGAAAGAGUGGAGUUUGAGGUGUGUGGGGCAGAGCCUGGGGGCUGCGCUGCACUGCUACAACCCCUGGGCAUGUUUACAAAGCAUGCUUUCUAAUGGCUUGAAAAGAACUUUCAUUCCCAUCCCACUGAGGCCUGGCAUGGUGUUGCUGUUCCACCUUUCAAGCAAUCUCAUAUACAGGCAACUCCCUCACCCAUUAUGGCGUCGGUGCACUCAGUGGCUCUGUGAGUCUGUCGCAGAGUCUGGUUGUGUCCCGGUUUUGAGUGUAUCUUGUGUUGGGCACUCAGGAUGAUUUUGGGAUUCUUCUGGAACAUCUCCCACUGCCCUGCCCAGCAGACAGCCUGAAUAAGGUGUGACAAACGUUGGGUGUUGAUCACUUCCAGGUUGUUAGUCAGUGAAGGCUCCAACCUGGUGGAAUGCUCUGUCCCAUGAGACUAGGGCCCUUCAGGAUUUAACCUUCCGAUGGGCCUGUAAGACAGAGCUAUUCCAUCUGGCCUUUAAUUUGAAUUCAGCCUGAUCUUUUAUUUCCCUUCCCUUCCCUUCCCUUCCCUCCCCCUCCCCUUUUAUGAAGAUUACCCACUCUGAGACCCUACAACUAAUUCUCCCCUGGCCUCCUUGCUGGCCCAAGUCGGACCAAUUCAGCCAGCUAGCCCUGGGGAUUAUCGAAUGCUUAUUAAAUUGAUGUUUGAUUUUUAUUGUUAUUCAUGUUUUUAUACUGUAUUUUAUGCUGGUUUUACAAUUAAGUGUUUAAAAUUUGUUGUUAGCCGCCCUGAGCCCAGUUUUUGAACCGGGAGGGGUGGGGUAUAAAUAAAAAAUAUAUUUUUUUUAAUUAUUAUUAUUAUUAUUAUUAUUAUUUAUUAGUCUUGGGGGACCUCCAUGGUCAUGCUUGAAAAUGCCUUGGCAGGGAGGCUGAGGCUGGCUUUCCCCACUCUAACUCUCUUGUCAUGGUCAGAUCACUUCUUGUUGAUCUCAUUCAUAAUCAGGUCAUGGAUUAUUAUGAUCACCGCAGCCAUUCCCUUCUGCAGGGGUGGGGGAACCAGUUAGGAUAAUCUGGCUCAGGGAGUUUAUAAAAUCCACAAGAUUACAGAGAGCCCUUCAGGAGUUUCUGGUUGUCAUGGCUGGUGCUCCUGUUGAAGCUUUGGUCACUCUGGUUGACAUCAUUUCUCCUAAGUGCCCUCUUCUACUGAAGAGGCUCUUCAGUAUUCUGGGGAGAAGGAAGCAAGUAGGAAGAGAGUUAGAAAUGAAAUGGCAGGAUUUACGCUGAAUGAGUUUCAACACUCCUGAGAGCUCACUCUCAAGCCUACUCAGUGGCUGUGAUGUUGGCAAAUCAAUAAUUCUUUUCUGACACCAUUGCAAUUUCACUGUGCUACCUAGGGCAGCUUUUCAGGGUAAUUUGCAGCCUACUGAAAUUUGGCACAUCUGGUGAUGUUAAGAAACCCACAGAGGCCUGCUGUGGCAUGUUUGGAAGGCAGAUGGAGGGUAAAAUCCCUUGCAUCCACUGUAACUUGAAUGCAGCAAUCGAAUCAGGCCUGUCUAUGGAAAUGCCCAGAGCUCCAUCUGGUCCCAUAUUGUUUGUUCAGUUUCUGCAGCUUGAGGAUGUGAACAAGGUAUCCAGACAAGUGCUGCUCAAUUUGUGUAUCUACUUAAUCCUUGGCCUUCUUAGUUCAUUGCACAGGAACAUAGGAAGCUGCUUUAUGUUGACUCAGACCAUUGGUCCAUCUAGCUCAAUACUGUCUACAAUGACUUAGCAUUUCAGGCAAGUGUCCUUGCCAAACCAAUCCUAGACAUUGGACCUGGGACUUACUGCUUACACCCCAGCCCAGUCCAAAAGAAGGCUAUGCAUCCGGGAACCCUGGCAGCCUGUAAUACAUACGUACAUAUAUGCUGAGGUCCCCUGAUCCCAGGAUUGCACUCAAGAAAUUCACAUCUGUAAUGCUAUGCUGAACAAGUUAAGCAUUCUUUUUUAUAUAAUUAAAAAUUUUAUAGACAUUUUCAAAGUUUCACAACGAAAUUCAACCUACUGCAAACAGAGCACAAGAAUUCCACAGUACAGUGGUACCUCGGGUUAAGAACUUAAUUCUUUCAGGUUCUUAACCUGAAACUGUUCUUAACCUGAAGCACCACUUUAGCUAAUGGGGCCUCCUGCUGCCACCGCACCGCUGCUGCACAAUUUCUGUUCUCAUCCUGAAGCAAAGUUCUUAACAUGAGGUACUAUUUCUGGGUUAGCGGAGUCUGUAACCUGAAGCGUCUGUAACCUGAAGUGUAUGUAACCCGAAGCACCACUGUAUUAAAAGGAAUUUGCACAGCCCAGAUAUAAUUUUCAGAGCAACCAUUUCUAGUUCUACCCAUAUGGAAAGUGCUAUUGUGAAUAAUGUUUGCAAUAUCACAAUUUCCUAAUGUGGAAAUGCAUUUGCUCGCAUUGAUCUCUUCUUACCCAGGGUAUGAGCUGGAGGCACAUGAGGCUGCCAUCUUGAUGAAGCUAAGCAGGUCUGGAUCUGCAUGGAAACCGCAUCUAGAACUUUCAGGUAAAUACCUGGAAGACAGAGUUAAUGCAAAUAUAAUGUAAUAAAAUAAAUAAUAUUCUCAGUUCUUGCUUUCCCUUAUUGCCCCCUCCAACAGAAAAAAAUUGAUUGUAAUCUCCUUGGGACCUUUCUUUUCUUGCUUAUCUUACUCUGUAAAGUGCCAUGUGCGCUAAAUGACUAUGUCUAAAGGUAAAGGGACCCCUGACAAUUAAGUCCAGUCGCGAACGACUCUGGGGUUGCGACACUCAUCUCGCUUUAAAGGUCAAGGGAGCCCACGUUUGUCCGCUUCUGCAGAAAGUUUUUCUACUAUUCUUCCCCAUCCCAUUGCAGUCUGCAGCACUUUUCUCACUUGCCGCUACUGGCUGAUCAUUGAAGCUGCUGGUGGAAAGGAAGAGCCCUCAUGAGCUUGGGAGUGAUGAGUCCUCUGCCUCCUGGGCAGAGCUCCAGAGAGAUCACCACCAUCACGCCAGGGACUGAACUCUGUUCCCCUACCCAACCCACUUUUUGAUGAGAAUUAAGGAAUUUGUAACAAAAGAAAAGAAAAAAAUGAGUGAUUUAGGGAGAAUUGGACACAAAUUAUUAAUGCAUAGUCCAAAUUUAUGCUUUAAGAUCAAUUAAGAUGUGUUACAAAUAUGAAAUUUCAAAUUAGAGUUUUUUGCAAAUAUUUCCUAAUAUUGAUUUAGGUGUACAUCAUGUCUCUAUAAUUUGACAGACAGUUGUAAGUAUCUCCUGGUUUAGUGAUUUGUAAAUGUGUAAUUAAUUUUUUGUUUGCCUGUGUCUCUGUAGCUGCUAUCUUUAUUAAUUUUAUUACAAUCAUUUAAAUUUUCCUUCCUCUGUGUUGUAAUUUUUGAGCCAGUGCAUAACAGGAAAAAUGCAUGCAUACUCUGAAAAAAACUGUGAGCCCAUUGGAAAGCUCAGGGCAUAUUAACAGUAAAAUAUUCACCUUACCCCUCUUCUCCAUUCCUCUGCAGCCCCCCUUAAAAUCAGCUCUGGGGUGAUGGGGGACCCUCCAGACAAGAUUUUGGGGUACAGGGUGGGGAUGGGGAGAGGAAAUGGAAUUGCUGCUGCACCAGUGGAACUCUAAUGCCACUAUUUUGGAUGCUUUGGAUAUUUGUUGGCACCUGUCUGUCUCGAGAGACAAUGGAGUGUGCAUCCAGGGGGCAAGGGAGUGGGUGGUGCUGCGGUCUAAACCACUGAGCCUCUUGGUCUUGCUGAUCAGAAGGUCGGUGGUUUGAAUCCACACAACGGGGUGAGCUCCCGUUGCUUGGUCCCUGCUCCUGCCAACCCAGCACUUCGAAAGCACGCCAGUGCAAGUAGAUAAAUAGGUACUUCUGCAGCAGGCAGGUAAAUUGCAUUUCUGUGUGCUCUGGCUUCCAACAUGGUGUUCUGCUGCACCAGAAGCAGUUUAGCCAUGCUGGCCACAUAACCUGGAAAAGCUGUCUGUGGACAAACAUUGGGUUCCUCUGCCUGAAGCAAAGUGAGCGCCUCACCCCCAUAGUUGCCUUUGACUGGACCUAUCUGUCCAGGGGUCCUUACCUUUCUUUACCUGCAUCCAGGGGUGAUGUCAAACUGAUGGAAAAUCACAGGUACUGUGGCUGCAGAAACCAGUAACUUUUAAAAUGCUGCCUCCCACAUUGUUUUUGCUGUGUUAGCAAACCUCUCGGGGCACAAACCAGGUCAAUGUGUACGGGGGUCCUGGGCUGCCCAGAUGACAAGAAGCUCCAUCUUGGCCAUUACACUCCUGGUCCAGUAGGCCAGAUAUGGUUCGCCAAAAGCAAGUUGGGUCUUUUUCGUGUGAAGCCUUGACCAGGCUUUGCCAUGCAAUUUUAUUUGUAUAUCUUUUAUUUGUAUAUAUUGCUUGUUUUAUGUUGCUACAGCCAUUGGCUAAUGUGAAUAAAGUUUAUCUUAUUUCCAUCUUGGCCUCAUUGAUGUGAUCCAAAGAAAAGAAAAACAAAACUGUUUGGCACCAGCUUGGCUGCAGGAGUUGCUGGAAAGGGGCACAUAAAGCGCUAUCCAACUGUCUUAGGGACUCCACUCCAGCUUUGUGUAGGGUUUCCUCCUUAGCAUUUUCUUCUCCCAAAGGUAUCCUGCAAGGCAGUGGGUAUGGAUUUUCCCUUGGGGUUUAUUCCCAAAGUCUUUCUCAUGAAUGUGUAUCUUUGGAUACAACUACUACUAUCGAAAAUAGAGAGCCAGUUUGGUAUGGUGGUUAGAGUGUCAUACUAGGGCAGUGUUUGCCAAACCUAGAUCUCCAGCUGUUUUUGAACUACAACACCCAUCAUCCCUAGCUAGCAAGACCAGUGGUCAGGGAUGAUGGGAAUAGUCCCAAAACAGCUGGGGAUCCAAGUUUGGGAAACACUGUCCUAGGACCUGGAACACCAGGGUUAAAAUCCCCACUUGGCUAUGAAGCUCACUGGGUGAUCUUGGGCCAUUGCCUUCUCCCAGCCUAAACUACCUCACAGGGUUGCUGUGGGAUAUAAGUGAGGAUGGGGAAGACAAUGUAUGCCACCUUGAGCUCCUCAGAUAAGAAAGUGGGAUGGAAAUGCACUAAAUAAAUAAAGAAUCCCAUAGGGUAUUGAACAGCAAAUGUACUUCACUAAAAAAGAACAGACAUUUUAUCUUGAAAAUAACACAGAGACCACUGAAUGCCGUAUGGGUACUGUACAUCUUACAUCAGACAACAAGCACUUUGCGGUGCUAUCAAUAGACUUGGCAUCUCUUUUGGCCAUCAAGCGAACACAGUUCCGGCUUAGUGCGAGUCGGCUUGCCAGAGGGUGUUGCCUCCUUCUUUAAUUAGAGCUCUGAGGAGAUGUUGUGGUUUCAGUGGGAAGUCAUAUGAUGAGAUUCCCUUUGCAAACAUGUGCAUACUUGGUCCAUGCCUGGGUUUGGCAAGCUUUAAGGAAGGGCUUUGUAUUUCAUGAAACAAAAUCCUAUUUUCCAGGGUUCCUGCAGUUGUGCGUUGUGGUCCAGCGCCACCUGUCAUAGCAUCUCGACUUCUGCCUUGGGAAACUUCAUAUCCAGCCCUCUGUCAUCUGGCAAUUUAAAACCUGCUGUUUAGAACCCAUAGCUCAUAGCUAACCACAUUAAAAAAAACAAAAAACUUCUUUCCAAAGGCUUCUAAAACUGUGGAUCCGCACCAGUUAGCAGGAAAAUAAGCCCCUAAUGAUUCCCAUUGCAAAGAGUGUGUUGGCAAGGACCACAGAUAUGAACUAUGUUGUUAGCACCAUUUGACAAGCAUAUUGGGAAGCUCAGUGAUAGAGCAUCUGCUUUGCAUGCAAAAAGUCCGGCAUUUCCAGGUAGGGAUGGGAGAGGCACCUUGGAGAUCUGCUGGCAGUCAGUGUGGACAUUACUGAGCUAGAUGCACCAAUGGUAUAAUCUACCUUCCUGUGUUCCUUUAUUUAACCAGUGAGCAUAAGCAUUAAAACCCUUCAGUGCAUUUUCUUCUUCUCAUCCAUAUUAUGGAGAGGGAGUCACUAACAUGCACGGUCAACUUUUCAAAGGGCUUUGCUGUUUCUGGAACAGCAGCCUGAUCUGAAGCAGUUAUCAGGGAAUAGCAUUUGGGGAAGCUCCACUUGAUAGUUCCAGCAGAUCAAGCUGCUAUUAAAGGCACAAAGAAUGCCAGAAGAGCCCUAUUGAAUCAGACAAAGGCUGCCAAUCUAUGUCUACUCAGAAGUAAAGCCUACUGAAUUUGAUAGGAUUACUCCAAAUUAAAUGGGAUUAGGAUUGCAGCCUAAAAUAUAUCUAGUCCAGGGUCCUGUUUCCUGCAAUGGUGAACCAGAUAUGAAUGAGAAACCCGUAAGCAGGCUACAGAACAGCACAGAUGGUAGAGCAUGAGACUCUUAAUCUCAAGGUUGUGGGUUUGAGCCCCAUGUUGGGCAAACGCUUCCUGCAUUUCAUGGGGUUGGACUAGGUGACCCUUGUGGACCCUUCCAACUCUACAGUUCUAUGAUUCCAUGAAAGCAAUUGUGUUUCCCCAGCACCUUAUUCAUUCUAAAGGUAAUAUCAGUGGCGUAGCAUGGUUUGCCAACUACUGGGGCCACGUGGAGGUUGGAAAAUGGCACAUUCAACUGCCUAACGGCAUCUGUGUCACACAGGAGAUUGCAGCCAUAGAGAUAAGGAAAGAAGCAGUUUCAUCGUCUGGAGAGGUCACUUCCUGGUUCUCAUGGAGAAGCCGUUAUCAAUGGAACCCAGCCACGGAAGCAAGCAGCUGUGUUGUGGCAGCACUGGGUGUUGAAAUUUUACACCCCUAACAAUUUUGUGCCUGGGGCAGCCUCCCCUGUGCCCCUCCCCAUACCACACCACUGGGUAAUAUAUUAGGGCUGUGAGCCAUAAUCAGUAGAAAACCCAACUGAACCGAUUCAAAGAGAUCUGGGCACGGGCUGUGGUGGAUCACUCUGGCCUGGUCAGGAUGCCAGAGUGAUCUGGGAUUUUCAGGGAGCAGGGCGUCAGGCAAGAAAGCUGCUGGGGUCUGUAUCACCAGGGUGUUCCAUUCAGGGAAGACCCUUGUGAAAUAGCACCCCUCAGGAUUGAAUCAAAGCCACAGGACUAAAAGUGGGCUCUGCAGGGUUCUUCUUUACAAUAACCUGCAGGGAAGUUGCUUGUGAAGCAGAACCAGACAAGCUUUAAUCCUCCUGCUCUUAGUCGGAGGUGGAAAUUUUCAUAGAAUUAAAGAAUUGUGGAAUUGGAAGGGAUCACAAGGGUUGCCUUGUCCAACCCCCUUGCAAUGCAGGAAUCUUUUAUACACUUCUAUCAUGUUGUCUCUUACUCACCAAAUGCUACAACAUUCCCUCAUAGGGAACCCCUCCUUUGGGAUUUUUAGAGAAAGGAUGAGUAAGGAGGCAGAUGGUAAGUUAUGUUCACGGUGCAGAGACAGUCGAUAGAGAAGGAUUUUUACACUAAGUACUAGAAUCGAAUUGCAUGUUGGGAGAAUCAGGACAGACAACAGGAACCCAGCACAUAUGGAAUUCUCUAUGACAAUGUACUAAUGGCCUGGAUGGCUCUAUGACCUUCAGUCAGCUUGCCUCUGAGUACCAGUUACUAAGGAACACAAGCAGGAGAGUGCUCUAGUGUUCAUGGAAUCAUAGAACUGUAGAGCUGGAACCACAGGGGUUGUAUAGUCCAACCACCUGCAAUGCAGCAAUGUUUUGCCCAAUGUGGGGCUCGAACUCACAACUCUGGGAUUAAGAGUCUCAUGCUUUACCACGUUGGCUACUGUGGGAACAGAAUGCUACACUGCUUCCCACCCCCUUUUUAAUGGUAGUGCCCUCUUUCAAAUUCAAAUACGUUGGAAUUCCUUGGUAGUUGUCCACAUACAUCAAGGGCCCUGACUUGGGCACCAGAUUAUGGGUGCCCAGCAGCACACGCAAUGCGCCAGAGCGGUGCCUGGGAGCCCCAGAAGUCAUGUUGGAGGCCCCACAAGGUCUUGGGAUGUGACUUUCAAGUCCUCUCAAUGCACUGGAAGUUGCAUCAAAAGGCAUCACAAGACCUCUGAGGUGGCGUCCGAGGCCUCAUGGGGCCUCCGAUGCGAUUUUGGGGGUUUGUGAGGCCCUGGAAGUCAUGUCAGAGGCCCUGAGGUGGGUGCCGAGCACCCACAACAAAACUUUUGUUGGCGCCAGUGACAUACAUAUUUAUUGAGCUUGAUAGCCCCGUGGUCACAGUUUCCAGUUGGUUCAAUAACAUGUCUCUCACCAAGUGAUGCAACUUUUUAUAGUCCUGUUUACAAUGCUAUGCUUUUCACCUGUUCACACACUGAAGCUCAUCCUUUUACAUCAACCAAGCAUGAACAGAUAGUUUUGAAAUCUUCAUCACAUGAAUCAGUGUUGUGCACAGGAGUAUGGUCCAUUUCUCAAAUGUUAUACCCCAAAUAUUUUUUUCACCAAUUUUGAAGAAUGUGAUUCCCAUUUCAAAGAAUAUCAAGUGCACAGGGAUAUAAUUAGAUAUAUGGAGCUGUUGCCUUCUAGAUGGUGCUUGUCAUUGCCAAAUUAAUCCAUAUUGCUUGGGCUUAAUUGCCAUUUUCAAAAUUGUUCCUUUUGUUUAUAAUGAGUUGGAAGAUCAUGACAAUUGAGGUGUGGAUUGAUUAUUUAUUUAUGCAUUCACAAAGGGAUUCAGUUUGAUGAAAACCAGUUCCCAAAUAUCAAGGAGACAGACAGUCCUGUAUCAUUAUAAAGUCACAUGUCAAUUCGGCAUCUAGUAAAACUAGUUCCCUUUGUGCCUAUGAGUCAGAUAAACUAGUUUGCCAGUGUCAAAGGAUGCUUUGCUUUCUCCAGCGUCCAAAGGGAUCAAAGAAGAAGGAGCGGUGGUGAAGACACAGAGAGAGUGGCAGGACAAUAUUGAUUGAACUGUAAGUAAAAUUCUCUUAGUAAAUUGGGAUUUGUGAUAAAUAUAUUAUUAGACACGGUGCCGGAUAUCUGAAAUUCAUGAACCUACUUAAUUGAAAUGCGGGCUUGCUGGUAAAUUUCAUAAAAUUCUUAUGAGCUAGUGUGGAAGAAUAUCCUUAUGCGAGGAAGAUCCCAUCAUAAAUUUUUAUUGGAAGUAUUGUACAAGGUAAGUUACCAAGAAAUAAUAAGAAACUAAAAAGAAAAGUGGAGAGAUGAAGAAUGAAAUUGGUAGGCCUUCUGAUACAUUGAAAUAAAAAAGAGUGAUGAAACCCAGCGGCGUAGCGUGGGUGGCCAGCACCUGGGGCCGUGUGGAGGGUGCUAUUAAAGGCACAAAGAACACCAGAAUAGACCUUUGAAUCAGACAAAGGCUGCCAAUCUAUGUUUACUCAGAAGUAAAGCCUACUGAAUUAGAUGGGAUUACUCCAAAGUAAAUGGGGUUAGGAUUGCAGCCUGAAACAUGUCUAGUUCCAGUGUGGUGUAGUGGUUAAGAGCGCUAGCCUCGUAAUCUGGUGAGCUGGGUUCGCCUCCCCGGUCCUCCACAUGCAGCUAGUCACUCUUCUCUGAAGUCUCUCAGCCUCACUCACCCCGCAGAGUGUUUGUUGUGGGGGAGGAAGGGAAAGGAGAAUGUUAGCUGCUUUGAGACUCCUUAGGGUAGUGAUAAAGCGGGAUAUCAAAUCCAAACUCUUAUUCUUCUUCUAGUCCAAAGUCCUGCUUCUUGCAAUAGCCAACCAGAUACAAAUGAGAAACCCAGAAGCAGGGUAGGAGAGUAAUUACGUUUCUCCAGCACCUGAGUCACAUGGAAGUAGCGUACCGUGGGUUGCCAGCUCCCAGGGCCAUGGAAGGGAGGGAAACGGAUGGAGUGCGCAUGCGCAUUCAACUGUCUUAACAGUGCCUGUGUAACCCAGGAGAUCGUAGCCACAGAGAUAAGAAAAGAAGAGUCAUUCCGUUGUCUGGAGAGGUCACUUCCUGGUUCACAUGGAGAAGCCAUUUUCAACAAAGCUCAGCGAUGGAAGUGCACAGCUGUAUUGAAGCAGGACUGGGUACUGAAAUUUUGAUCCCCCUAGCAAUUUUGCACUGGGGCAACUGCCCCUGGGGCCCCCCUCAUGCUAUGCCACUGAUCAAACCAACUACAUCGUCGCAAAACUAAAGUACAAUUAGUGGGAUUUUUUUGUGCAUUUAUUGUAAAGCCUUUCAUCCAAGGAGCUCAAGAUUUCCCCCUCUGCACCCAUUUUAUCUUCACAGUCACUAUAUGAGGUAGGCUAGAGCAGAAAUAGCAGCUGCUCAAAGAUCACCCAGUGAGAUUUAAACAUGGGCUUCGCCACUCCUAGUCUGGUAUCCUAACUACUACACCAGAUUGUCUUGGGUGGCUGCAUAAAAGCAAUUAACAUUUCUGAAGUUUGAAUGAGAGUUUAACUGUAUGAGCCAUUAAGCAAUAAAACAAAUCACCUGGUGAGCUUGUCAAAAUAUCUUUUUGUUGUUGUUGUUUUUAAAAUGAUAUUUAUUGAGAAUUUUAAGAUUACAAAGAAAAAAGAAGGAAAAAACAAGAGAAAGAGAAAAAGAAAGAAAAAAAGUAGAUAAAAGUAACAAUUAAACAAUACAAAUCAGUAAAAACCAAAGUCAAAAAGAAAAAAAAACAAAACACACAAUACAUCAAAAUCAAAAAGCAAAAAUAAACAAAAAAAAUUAAAAACAGAUCCAAUAUUCCCAGAUCCUUAACUGUCAUUACCUUAUUUCAUCGACCUCCUCACACCUCCCUUUUUUGUAUUCUAGUUGUUAAUUAUCUCAGCAAAUCCUUUCCAUCUUUCACAAUAUUCUGUCAUUAAAUUACCUUAAUCUAUUUUAACCUUAUCUUACCAUAAAAAACCCUAAAACUUAAAACUUAAAUCUUAUUUAUACCAAAUUCUCUUAACCAUAACAUAUUCUUACAUAAUUCUUUUUAACAUUUCUGCUAAAGCCAAAUAAUUUCAUUCCAACAUUUUUCUAAUACUCAUUAAUUUUAUGAUACUUUUCUAAAUGAAUUUUUAAAACUUUCUUCCAAUCUUCAUCCAUCGUCUCUUCUUCCUGGUCUCGGGUUUUGUCAGUCCUUUCUAUCCCAUCCAUCUAGUCCAUCAGCCUGGUGACCUUAUGUCCGAGGCUCUUAAGUCUCUUCCAUGUCCCUUCCGCAGGUCUUCUUCAUAUUUAUACCUGUACUUUACUUUGUCUUCUGCUCCUUUCACUCGGGGAGACUCCAGCUUGACAAUAUUUUUGUCCCUUCUCGACAAGUCAGCCCCUUUUCCAUAGUCAACACUGAAAUCCAUGUGGUAUUUAAAGGCAUGUUUCAAGGUCCCUCUAAAGUUAAAGGCCCCCACAACUCCGAGCUUCCCCCGGCCCAAAGCCAGACUUGGGUCAAAACAUCCCUGCAUAGGGGGGUCUAUCCAGCCCCCCAUCUCCAAGCCAAACUGAACUCCAUCUCUCCAAAUCUGACUUUUUCCAGGUUCGUUCGUCGAAUCCAACAACUCAUAUUCCUGCUGGGCCACAGCUCCCUCCAUCUCUGCCACCCGAGGUCCAGCAACAACCUCCUCCCUCAUCUGAUCUGUCAAAGCACAUUCCUGGAUUAAUUCCUGAGUGGGUUCUAUAUAGGUACCCACUGCCUGUCCAAAAUUUCCAAUCGCAACAGUCAUCAAAUCCAUCUUCUCAUGUAACUGUUCCAAUAAAGCACUUGUCUUGCAAAAGGCAAGCACCAGAGCCUCCGAGUACAUUCUUGUUCAAGGUUGAAGUCUGGUCCCACGAUCUUAAUCUAUUGCAGCUGCAAAGCUCCCCAGUUCGGUUUUAAUAACAGUUUCACAAGCUCCCUCUAGGGGAAACAAUUUCUAUUUGUAUCCAUCUUUUUUUUUUUUUUUAAGCGGAUCUAGCAACAAAGUUUUCCUUUUUCAGAUAUUUUGUCAAUAUUUUGUUCCUUUUAAAUGCGAAGGGGAACAAUGGAAUCAAUAUGUUUCUCUUCUUUUAACUAUCUGUCAAAAACGUUUGUCCAUAGUCAAUGAACUUCCCCAGAACGUCUGUCCUGACACCCCGCUCCCAGGUUCAAGACGGUGGAAAAUUGCCUUUCUUUACUCUCUCUUCUGCAGGUUUAAACAGUCUAAAAAAGGUUCCCCCCUCUUCUCCUGCUUCCAAGGGGGGUUCAAUAAUUUUAAAUGAUGAAAAUUUGAUCCUUUACAGACGACUUUCUAAACUCUAGCUUGCCGUGUCUUUGCUUCAAUCUAUCUACAAAAGCGGAAGGCGGACUUCCUGUUUAGACCUUCCCGCUUCAGUGCCAAAUUUAAAAAAAAAUUCUUAAUCCAAUUUUCCGUUCUACUCACGGGCAGUUCUUUAAAAUCCAAUUGUCCACAGGAAAAAGUCAGCGCUCUCCGGCAACAGCAAUGCCACUUCACUCCGUGAAAGAAGCAGUCGAUUCAAAGCACCGCGCCACUCACCCCACGUCGCUCCGGAUCCCCGAAACUGGGUUUUCCCGCGAGUAGGGGGGGCGCAAAGGUGCCAGCUGAAUCCCACGUCCACAGGCUUCUCCCGCCUGUGUUUUUUAAUGGGUCUCUGCCUCGCCGUGGCGGUUCAGACCCUGUUUUCCACGGAGUGGAUUCCUCCUGAUCGGAGGAAAUCCGCCAUUGCCAGAGGCACCAACCCGGAAAGCCAAAGCUUGUCAAAAUAUCUUUGUACUGGGGAGACUGCAGAAUAAGGCACACUUUAUUCCGCAUGUGGGAACGUUUUCCAGUGAGAGCCCUUCAGCAGUAGUCCUUGUACAGACAGGACAACUUCAUGGAUGCUUUAGCUGAGAUUCCUGCAUUGCAAGGGGUUGGACCUUGGGGGGUUCCUUCCAGCUCUAUGAUUCUAGGAUCUUCACCCUCCUCCCCCAAGUUGACCAUACAUAUAUGGUCCACUGGUCUCCUGUCACAAUCCUUUCCAGUGGCUCAGCAUGGCCAAUACAAGCUUAUCUCAUUUGAGUCUUACAAGAACUCAUUGAGAUAGUUUAUGCUUAGACAUCCUGUAGUGGCAUCCACUGGUUGAAGCUGGUAUAGCAUUAUGGUCAACAAUUCUACUCCUGCCUUAGCAAGGAAAGUAGAGGUAACAGCUUCCGGUAACAUAGUCAGAUGACUUACUCAUCUAGCUGAGUAUUGGCUUCAGACUGUAGAUAUUUCCACCAGUACCUGGAGAUACCAGGGAUGGAAUCUGGAACCUUCUGCAUGCCAAACAAAUGGUGUACCACUGGGCUCUUCUACUUUUAUCUGCAACAUGGAACAAGAGCCUGAUUCGUAAUAAUAUAUUAUUUAAUAAUGUAUUAAAUAAAUGUUUGAAACAGGGGGAGUAUCCAAUCCCACUCCAAUUCCAUUCCUUUGUUUUAUUGUUCCAGGGUUGUCUCUCCCUGUGUGUCACUCGUCCUGGAUUCAGGUUUAACUAGAAAAUUUUCUAAACUUUAUUCCAAAACUGGAGCAAGGGCUGCUUGCUGCAGCUUUCAGUUCCUUCAGUUAAUUUACAUCUGUCUCCCCAACCCUGGCCCCUCUCGUUUAUAGCUGUGCACAUGAAGGUUGAUAAUGCACUGCAAAAUAACAAAACGAAAACAAAUGAUAAAUCUUAAUGCCAUUGCUUGCUGGUGUAUACAUGAGCUCCUUCACGAUGUAGGUAUUCAUAAAAUCAUAUCACGGUUGAUGUUUUCCAGUAAUUUUUAUUAAGUGUAAGGGGGAAGGGGAAUGCAAAGGAACUGGAAGCUGUGGCAAAUUAUGCACGCACAAUGCUGUGUAAAAAAUGUUGCAAUGAUUAAUAGACCAUAGUAGAAUUUGGUUGGCUGAAAACUGCAGGGGCAAGGAGAAGGCUCUUGUGCCUGGGUCCUGCUUGAGGAUUCCCCAUAGGCAUCUGGUUGGCCACUGUGAGAACAGGAUGCUGGACUAGAUGGGUCACUGGACUGAUCCAGCAGGCUCUUCUCAUGCUCUAAUGUUCCUGUAAGUGGACUUUAAAGUUCAAUAAGGAAGAGCCUGCAAGUCUUCUAUAAUGGAACCCAAUAUUCCAUCUGCUGAAUUAUAAUGAAGGUGGGGGUGCUGCAUUCAUUGAGGUGGGAUGAGGUGGCAGCGGUGAAAUUGGGGCAGCUCAGGGGAAGUGCCCCUAACCUUGCCACCUCCUUCCUUCAUCUCUAUCCUAACCAGUGUGGUGUAGUGGUUAAGAGGGGUAAACUUGUAAUCUGGUGAACCAGGUUCGCUUCCCCGCUCCUCCACAUGCAGCUGCUGGGUGACCUUGGGCUAGUCACACUUCUCUGAAGUUUCUCAGCCCCACUCACCUCACAGAGUGUUUGUUGUGGGGGAGGAAGGGAAAGAAGAAUAUUAGUCGCUUUGAGACUCCUUCAGGUAGUGAUAAAGCGGGAUAUCAAAUCCGAACUCCUCCUCCUCCUCCUCUUCUUCUUCUUCUUCUUCUUCUUCUUCUAACAACAAGGGCAGUGCCACCAAAAGGAUGCUACUACCUCUGCCCCUUUAUGAAUCAGGGUAACCAUGGUUUACAGCCAAUGGUGCAAAUAGCACACUAGUUUUUUUUGGGGGGAGGGGGUAGCUGAAAAUAAUGAGUUAAUUGAACUAAUGUUUUUUUUUUCUUUCUUACCUCCCCUCUCUCUUUUUUUAAAAGGGGGAAAAUGGCGAUUUCCCUCCUUUUCUUUUUAAUUGCUGGGAUCCUGGCUAACAAUCUUAACCUUCCAAAUUCUGUGAAUCCCAGCAGUUACAUGAACAGGUGUGACAACUAUGAUAGCAACCCCCAAGAUUUGAACCGCCAAAACCAACCCAAUGGAGGAAGAACACAGACUCCAAAUCAGGUCCUGGUCAACAGCAAUUCAGACUUUGCAUUCAAGUUCUUCAGGCAGGUUUCUUCUAAUGGAGGCAACAGAGGCAGUCCCUUCAAGAAGAACAUCGUCUUCUCUCCCAUGUGUAUCUCCACAGCUUUUGCGAUGCUGGCUUUGGGCGCUAGGGCCAACACCUUAGACCAGAUCCUUAGAGGACUUGACUUCAAGCCAUCAGAGAUUCAGGAGAGGAUGAUACAUGAAGGCUUCCACAACCUCAUCUACUCAUUAAGCAAUGGGGGUUCAGGCCUCCAAAUGGAAAUGGGGAAUUGUCUGUUUGUGCAAAACGAGUUGCAUCCACAACCUCAGUUCCUAAGGGAGCUCAGGAACAUUUAUGGAGGAGAGAUCUAUAUGGAAAAUUUUAAGGACACAGCAGUAACUGAGGAGCACAUCAAUCAAUAUGUCAAAAUGAAAACCCAUGGGAAGAUUUCUAAGCUCGUCGAUGGAGUUGACCCAAUUACUGAAAUACUACUGGUUAGCUAUAUUUACAUGAAAGGUAAGACAAGCUAAUGGGCCUGCCCUGUGAUCUCCUUUCCUCACCUUAUGGCUAAUCCUAGAUUCUUGUCAUUUUCCACAUAGUUCCUAAGUAGAACUUCAUCCUGUGUACUGAUGUUUGCUUUUGUUUGUGAGGAAGAGAAUUUUGGUCAGGCAACAAAUUCCUGCUCCACAGUGAUUCUAUGCAAUGGAUCUGUUAUUAGGUGACCUCAGUAAUUACGACUGUGCAAGGCAGCCUCAAUUCAGUUCAGAACCUAAUUAAAUGUUCUAACCCCUUCCUUCCUUCCUUCCUUCCUUCCUUCCUUCCUUCCUUCCUUCCUUCCUUCCUUCUGUAGCACCCUGCUUGUGGUUAACGCUUAGCUGGAAUGAAAUAUUCAACGCAGCAAUAGAGAAAUUAAAAUAAUACUUUGUCAGACAAAUAAAUGAGAGACACAGUGGUAUACGGUUACCAAAGCUCUGCCCACUCCAGCCCUGAUGGCCAGCACUUAUAUUUCCUCAGCCCAGCCCCCUUGCUCCUCCUUUGGCUGCCUCUGUCCAAUCAGCCUGGUUGAAAUUCCUAUUGGUUGUUUGCUAGAACCAAUCAUAAAAGAUACACCCAUUUCCUAUUACCUUUUAUGGGAGACAAAGAGCUAUAUUUCCUUCUAUCCAUAAAUGGCAGACAAGUAGCCAUAUAUCUUAUAUUUGCCUCGACCAGGCACCUUAAUUACCAGAUAACCUUUGGCCCCUGCUGCCCCUUUAUUCCAAAACAAAUGGCUAAAACAGAUGGCUCAUGGUAUUAAAUUUUGUCUAAACAGAGAUCUUGGGUUCACCUUCUCACACACCAUCAAUGAAAUAAGAAUCUAACAUAAGAAUCUAACAUUUCUUACUUUCUAAAUCCUUUGCAUAAUUACAUUAAGCCAAUAUAUUUCAUACAUAACAUAGAUAGAUUUUUAGAAGAAAAGGAACAGUUUCAAAGUAAAAAGGAAACAGCUUCAGAGAGAAGCAUCUUCAGUUUACAACUCCCUUUCCCAGCCAGCUGCUGUUCCUAUUAGCUCUUGCCCUUUAACCUUAUGAAAAUAUGGCUGAGUCUAAUGGGAGGCACCUGGUAUUAUUUUCUGUUAAACAAUAAAUUUUACUAUUUACCAACUCUUAAUUAGUGUUUUUGCAGCUUGAUUGUCAGUAUGGUCAGUAUGACCUUUGCUCCCAGCCUGUAAUUCCCUUUUACAACUUUGAGGUACUGCUAUAAAUCAGGGGGGCCCUGUUCAAGGAGAUAAACAACUGCCAAAGUACUUAGCCAGCUGCUCUAUGCCUGGCAUGAAACAUACAAACAUUUACAAAUAUAUUUUUUAAGCUCAUUUUAAAAUGCAGGCCUUGAUCUGAUGCCUCACUUCCUUCCUUCCUUCCUUCCUUCCUUCCUUCCUUCCUUCCUUUCUUUCUUUCUUUCUUUCUUUCUUUCUUUCUUUCUUUCUUUUUUUCUCUCAUUCUGUAUGUCUUUCUGUCUUUCUUAUGCCCUGCACUUCCAAGGCCAGUAAAAUGCCCGGGAUUCCUUAGUGUGUUCACUGAAGUUAGUAAAAGUAUUUAAAGAGCACUUAGUAAAAGUAUUUAAGUUAGGCACAAUGACAGAAGGGGGGGGGGAACACAGCAACCUCUGAUUUAGAUGAAAAAGUGGAACAAAUAAUUAAAUAUGUUUCCAUAUAUGAAUUAUUAGCCAAAUACUGAAGUUGUAUUCAACCAUAUACAACCAUGAAAAGAUAUCAGGGUGUUAUUCAUUAGUGAGGUUUUAGAACUGUUAAAUUUAGGUUGGACAAACAGCUAAUCAAUACAAAACCAAGGCAGUCAAACCACCAUGACAUCCAUAGGAUAUAAUGAGCUGAAAGGUAAUUUAAAGGUCAUCGAGUCCAACCCCUGAGUAAUACAUGUGCUUUUACUAUUUUUUGUUGAGAGCCUACAGUGCAGGAUACAACUACAGUAUCUCUGUCAGAUAACCAUCCAACAUCUGCUUAAAUCAGAGGUGUUUGUCUGUGUGCGUGUAGAGGAGCAUUCAUCCAUAGAACCCCCUCCUAACUGCAGCCUGAAAUGAUACAGUUCCAUUGUCUCUGGAUUUAAGCCGCUUGUUGACUUUGUAUUUUGAGAUAAUGCAAGGAGCAGAGGUCUUAACAGGCAACUCAGUUUUUUUAAAAAAUUAACUGGGUACCAUAAUAAUUUAUUUGAUAAAUAGUGUUAUAAAAGGGUACACAUUGGUGUUUACGUUCCCGCCCCCUGAACUGAUUUUUUCAAAAGUGAACUCAGUAUACACACCUCAGUUUAUGAUAUCUGUGAUUGUUUAGCAGAUGCCACUCACAGCCAUGUGGGCCCACGUGCAAACUUUUUUGUUUCUUUUAACUAUGUCAGCUAACAUAGGAGAAUCCGAUUAAACAUCGGGAAAAGCUUUCUGACAGUAAGAGCAAUUCGACAGUGGAAUGGGCUCCCUUGGGAGGUUGUGAUCUUCAUUUCCUUGGAGGUCUUUAAGCAGAGGUUGGGUGGCCACCUGUCAUGGAUGCUUUAGUUGAGAUUCCUGCAUUGCAGGGGGUUAGACUACAUGUCCUUUCGGGUCUCUUCCAGCUGUACAAUUCUGUGAUUCAAUGAUUCUAUGAUCUAGGUUGUGAUAAAUUACAUCAUGUACUAUAAGUAUAUUUCAGAGAUGGUGAAAGAGAAAGUGUAAGAGGGAGAAAAGCAGAAAUAUUUUUGAAAGCCAAAAGAAAAGCAAAAGGACAGCUCUAGAGUAAGGGUUGUAGCCAACGCCAUUUUCCUUAGCCCCAUUGAAAUUAAUGAACCAAACUAGUCAUGUCUAUUAUUUUCAGGGACUCUACUCAGUAGGACUAACAUUGGAUACAACUUGGAGAAAUGAAAGGUAAAGAGAUAGAAGACAAAAUCCCAUGGACUAAAGAUCUAGCCAAGGUCAAGAAAUGUUGAGUGUCCUAAAGUACCUGCAGCUUCUUGCAUGCAAACAGGUCUAUGCAAGAGUAGAAUUGUUCCAAUGAGUAACAAGUAUCUAUGGCACUUUUAAAAAAAAUAUCCCUUUCUUCUUUUCCUUAAGCCAAAUGGAAGAAGCCCUUUGACCCAAAGUACACGACAGAGCAGAACUUCUACGUGGAUCCUUACACGGUUGUGAAAGUGCCAAUGAUGUUUCAGAUGGGCAUGUUUGAAACCGGCUAUGACAACGAGCGACUGUGCACCGUUUUGAAGCUGCCUUACAAAGGACAUGCCGCUUCCUAUUUUAUCCUACCUGACAAGGGGCAGAUGGAGAGGGUGGCUAACAGCUUGUCGUGUGGAGCUUUGCGGACUUGGAAGAGAAUACUCACACGGAGGUAACAGCUUUCAACUUUUGACUCUGGUGUCAGGCAGCUCAGGUUCAGAUAUAUAAGAACAAUUGUGGGGUGAGCUUUUGAAGGAAAGGCCUUACUUCAGCAGUGGGGAACCUGAGGCCCUCUCGAUGUUGCUGGACUCUAGUUCCCAUCAGUCCCAGCCAUCCUGGCCAAUGGCUAGGGAUGAAGGGAGUUGUAGCUGAGCAACUUCUGGAGGUCUACAAGUUCCCCAUCCUUGUUUUACUUCAGCAAAUGCAUGCAGCGGGCGGACAUACAACACCCCACAAGUGUCCCAGAAAAAACUGGGACAUCCUGUUUUAUUGUAUGAGAGCAUGGCAGAUCUUGCCCUGGAAAAGUGUCUUUUGGGUUAUGUGAUCUCACACAGGUCACAUGAUUUUGUGCAGGUACACAGCCUGGAAGAUGUGCAUCUUCCAGUGUUUUGGGACUCAAGAUGUUGGACACUCAAUGGGACGCGGGUGGUGCUGUGGGUUAAACCACAGAGCCUAGGACUUGCCAAUCAAAAGGUCCUGCCAACCUAGCAGUUCGAAAGCACGCUCCGGCGGGAAGGUAAAUGGCGUUUCCGUGCGCUGCUCUGGUUUGCCAGAAGUGGCUUAGUCAUGCUGGCCACAUGACCCGGAAGCUGUACGCCGGCUCCCUCGGCCAAUAAAGCGAGAUGUGCACCGCAACCCCAGAGUCGGUCACGACUGGACCUAAUGGUCAAGGGUCCCUUUACCUUUAAGAAAGCUGAUGGCAAGGAUGGAAAAUUUGUGGUCCCAUUCCUCCCCCUCCCCCAGUGUUGGACAUAAAGCAAAACCAGACAGCCUUUGGGGCACUUCAGACUGAGGUGGCCUUUGUGACAAAGUACAGAUCAGGGUCCAAAUUGUACCUUUGUUGCUGGUGCACACUCUUUGUUAAGCAGCCCUUCCUGGCGUUUGGUGUUCAGGUAGCCUGCCUCUACACAUGGAGAUUAGGAAGCUGUCUUCUGGGAAUAUAGCAGAAUAUAGUGCAGAUUUCGCACUCAUUUUCAUGUUACAUGCUUCCAGAAGAUAAGCAUUUUCAAAUAAUGCAGAAUGAGCCCUAAACUUGAGCCAGAUUUCUGAAAGUGGUUUUUUUACAUUGCAUGAAAGCUGAAAUCAAAUGCAGAAAUUAACAGACAGGGAAAUGUUGGGGAAAUGGAAUAAACUGCCGUGAGAAUGCAGCCUGGGUUUGCACAUGAGAAUAGGGAGGUAACAUGGAUGGUUUCACUUUGGACUACAGGUGAGGGUACCACUUUUGAACACUCCCCCAUACAAUUGCCCCUCCUUGAAAAUAGAAAGCUAGCCUGGCAGGGAAAAAAAUUUCUAGCUCAGUCCUUAGCCUGCUCUGCUGGAUCUCUCUUUGCAAGGAUUUUUACAUGUAAUGGUACAUUAUAGAGAGAUAGAUAGCCACCCAUCUACAUUCUGAAGUAGGGGAAGCCCAUUUUACCACUUCAUUCUGCUGUAUAAUAUACACAGCCUAAUAUGCAUGGUAUUUUCUCAUAUGAUUAAUAAAUUCUUCUUUGUCUUUCUCCCUUGUUUUAUUCUUGAAUAGCUCUGUAGAUGUGUAUCUUCCGAGAUGCUUGGCGAGUGGAGAGCUUAACCUGAAAGACAUAAUGUACACCAUGGGUGUGGUUGAUGUAUUCACUGACAGAGCAGACCUGUCUGGAAUUACAGGGCAGCCUCAGCACAGGCUCUCGGGCGUAAGUUGGGGCUUUUAUUUGUGAAUGAAUACGGUAGAAGCUGUGAAGGCUUGAAUUUCUGCAUCUGCAUAUCACCAGGCUAACUUGUUUCAGCAUCAUGGUGUCCUUCAAAAAAUCCAGGUGUUGUCAUUUGGUGAGAGUGGUAAACAUUUUCUGUUAGUUAGCCCCAGGACAAAGAACUCAGGGCCUCUAAAAGAACUCAAAGUUCCUAGAGAUUCUGAUAAACAAUGGAAUGACCUGUUCUACCACUUUAAGACAACUAUGGCAUGUAGAUAAUGGACAAAGUUCCAGCUACCUUGCACAGUAAAUUCCAAAUCCUUGGAUACCAAGGAAUUUAUAUGUGUACCUGGCAGGGCAAUCUUAUACAUAUUUUGCCCACUGUGGGCUUGAUCUCUGCUAAGUCUGUUUAGGGACACAGUCUUUGGCUGGAUCUACACUGACCUUCUUAACGUGGUGUAGUGGUUAAGAGCGGUAGUCUCGUAAUCUGGGGAACCGGGUUCACGUCUCCGCUCCUCCACAUGCAGCUGCUGGGUGACCUUGGGCCAGUCACACUUCCUUGAAGUCUCUCAGCCCCACUCACCUCACAGAGUGUUUGUUGUGGGGGAGGAAGGGAAAGGAGAACGUUAGCCACUUUGAGACUCCUUAAAGGGAGUGAAAGGCGGGAUAUCAAAUCCAAACUCUUCUUCUCUUCUUCUAUUAGAACAAUAUUAGAUAUAUCGUUCUAAAAUGUCACAUGGCAUACUGGUAGAUUAAACACACUCCUCCUCCCUCAUCAUCAGGAAAAAUGGUGUUUAUGUGUGUCUUCUGUGUGUGCUCAUAUAAGUGUGUUCACUACCUUGUUUUGUCCAUCACAUCACACUUUUUCCUAUUGCCAGUUCCUGGGUGCCCUCUGGUGUCACUUUUUAAUAACGUAACUUCCCUGGGGAGAAGUACUAAAAUGCUGGUGAAUUUUCACAGGAAAUUGGAAGGGACUUGCAUGGAGACAAGGAAACUUGUGAAAACUGGCACUUUUGCAAACAGAACCCUUUUGCAAGCUCAGGAUCCAACCCUGUGUCAGGAAGCAUACAAUGCGCACCUGGUUUUUCUUGAUAAGUUGCUUUGAGCAUUUGUUUUCUUUGGUCUAAAGCAACUAACAAAUGUAAUAAAUAACAAAGACAACCCUAGUGCCACUCAAGUUGAUUCUUUCCCCCUCCCAAACCCCCACCAAUUUUGGUGGCAGUGGCAAAGAAGAAGAAAGAAAAGAAGUAGACUCACCGCUGGCGUGGACAACCCGAUGGUGAUGCAAAUCACCUCCUCCCUCAUCAUCAGGAAAAAUGGUGUUUGUGUGUGUCUUGUGUGUGUGCUCAUAUGAGGGUGUGUGUUCGAGAGUGUGGGGCUUCUGCCUCUUGGAAGUUUGGGCAUAUGAGAACGCUUCCCUCAAUCUCAAAAAACUGUGAGCCACCCCUAGUCCAAGAAAACGCAUUUGCAUUUUAUCCAUCCAUUGGCAGCAUGACAUUCUCUCCCCCCCCCCAAUCUUUCCUUUGCACAGGCCCUUCAUAAGGCUAUGAUGAUGAUAGAUGAGAGAGGGACAGAAGCAGCAGCAGCCUCUUCUAUGGACAUGGUGCCAAUGUCUAUGCCUACUAUCGUUAAGUUCAACGAGCCUUUUAUAACCAUGGUUGUUGAUGAACCUACUAACAGUAUCCUCUUCAUGGCGAAGAUCUUCAAUCCUACAGAGAAGUAGCUGUAGACCAAGAUCACCAGACUGUUAAUCAGCAUGUACU